AUGGCUCGCGAUGAGCUCCAUGUAUACAGAUUCAAAGGACCUGAUUUGUUUAUGGAUAUUCGACCUGUCAACGCAUGCAAUUAUGUGGAUCAGUAUUUUGGAAGUGGUUUUUCAGUGAAUGAUUCUGUAUGUUACAACUUGAUGAAUGAUCUUUGGAACUCAACGAAGAAUGAUCAUUCCAAUGAUGCAAGAAAUGAAUUCUGGAAAGUCGCUCGCUAUUACAUGUGGUGGUUUCAACAAUCUUCCUCUCAGCAACAACAAUUUUCAAAUUUCACAAUGAGCAUGUGGGAAGGAAUUUCAGUGAACAUGUCCAUUCCACUGUAUCAAGCAUUUCAAAGCAUGACUUAUUGUUUGUAUUGUAAUCAUUCAAGAUAUGAUGAUUUUCAACAAUGGACCAAUGAGAAUUUUCCAAUUUUAGCACAACUCUAUGAGCAAGAUUAUUGUGGAAAUUCUGGAAUUCCCUACUUGUCACCAACUUCAUUUCGAAGUGUGGCGAUUGGUUGUUAUUGUCCUUCGAAUGGAUACGUCUCGAGUGAAUGUAGAUUUUACAGUUUAGUAUGGUAUCCCAUUUUCAGAACUACCCCUCUAUAUGCUAUUGAAUUAUGUGGUUUUAUUGUAUUGAUGAUAUUAUGUGUCUUGUUGAAUCUUUGGCCACGAGUUGCUGAAAUUAUUGAGACAUUUAAAACAUCCAAAGAUCAGAAUUGGUGUCGUCUGGUGACAACACAUUCUCUCAAAUUUUCCGCUGUAUUCGACCAUUCUCACAUUAUUGAGUUUGAUAUUGGCAAUUAUUGGAAUGUCUCUAAUCGAAUACGAACUCCAAUACCAUUCAUAGCAUUGGGUCAAGCAGUUUUUGCUUUUUUCACAUUAUUUCUGAUUGCGUUUAUUGCAAUGGGAGCAUAUUUGGAUUAUAUUGACAACAAUGGAACGCCAGAUGCUGUAUUUGAUCAACUCAUUGAUGCUGUCAACACUACAGAACUCAUUGUCAUGUUUGUUGCAUUUCUGACAGUUAUUAUAUUAAUUAUUUUAGCAAUCAUUUUGUUGAAAAUGUUGUCACGUGUGAAGAAAGUCCGAAUUCUCGAAUAUCGAUUUAGUAGAUUUGUCAUUUAUUCAGCCAUAUGUUUGUCUCCCUACUCUUUACAAAUUCUUCACUUCAUUGCCGCAUACUCUUCACCAUCCUGGUCAUGUAGAUAUCAAUGGGCAUUGACAUGGCAUUUAUUAUUUUGGUGCUUGGUGACCAUCUCGGCUGGAUGUAUUUAUGUGUUGUUCAAGAAGGAUGCUUUCGACAAGACACCUUUUGGAAAAUUGUGUCGAAAGAUUUUCGAAAUAUUGAUCUCUAAAUGCUUCAAAUCAAAAAAUACUACAAGUCAUAUAGAGCAUUCCCGAAAGGAAUCAACCGUAUGA